UAGGAAUUAUGGGUAUUGUAGUUUUCUUUCUUCUUGUCCUUGCAUAUGUUACGCGAGUAUAGACGUCUGGCUGAUUCUAAUUAGCGCUAAUGUCAAUCUCGUUACCUCAACUCGCCAGUACAGACAGAUUUAUGCGACUGAAUUCAAUACAGGAGAAGAAAACAGAAACUGCUAAGAAUUUUGAAACUACAUUUCCCAGCUUUCCUUGCAGGUCGGAGCCAAGGCUGGAUGGAAAGGCUCUGUGUGAGCCGGAGAUAAUGCAGCAGACUGUACAUAUAUGCUGAAGUCUCCGGUUAGAGGAGGGGAACCUUUGUCUGUAGAGAUGACUACAUGCCAAGCCAAGAAGGGAAACGUAUUAUCAACAAGUUGUGCAUUAGUAUGUAAAGACUCCAAGAAAAAGAAAUAGCGAUCUAGUCAGCCUGCAGUGUUCUUCAGAAUGACCUCUCCUCAGUGGAUAGCAGUAAAACCGGUGAUGACACAUUGCUACGUUCUGUACAAAACCAGACCCCGGAAAUCUGUAUGGUUCCACGUCUUCCUAUGCAUUUCUAGAUAUCAGCACCAAACACCCUCUAGCCAUUAACACACUGCUUAGAUGUCUAAAGAGAACAGGCAGAAUCAUGUUGUCUUGUUCACCAACUCAUCCAUAUUAACCCGCAUGGUGUGGGCCCUUCCUAGAACUUCCAGUCCUUCUUGCAUUGCACCAUCUUACAAACCUGACAGCGGCUGGAUAAAAAUGUCUGCAGAGUGGCUGAUUGAUUGGAGCUGUUUGCUGAAUGGACUACGUGACUUGAUAGCUGGUUGCAUCCAAGCUGUGCGUGAUUGCAACUCCUUUGCACUAACCACAGUUAUCUGCCUCUUGAUGCUGUUUGCAUGGUACUGUUACCGAGUUGGUAAGGACCAACCCCGUUCUCCCUUUGCCACUGUGAAUUUACUUAUCCAGAGUUCAGAAGCCAAAGGCUUGCAGAACGGGUUUGCUUACUGCCACUCGCGUGAGUGUGUACGCUGCACCCAUAACGACGGACUGAAUCAAAAACUUUAUCACAAUCUGCAGGAAUACGCCAAGCGGUACUCUUGGUCUGGCAUGGGCAGAAUUCACAAGGGCAUUCGAGAACAAGGUCGGUAUUUAAAUAACAGGCCAUCUAUACAAAAACCAGAAGUCUUCUUCCUUCCUGAUUUACCCACCAUGCCCUAUUUUCCACGGGAUGCCCAAAAGCAUGACGUGGAAUUGCUAGAGCAGAACUUUGCCACAAUACUUAGUGAAUUUGAAGCAAUCUACAAAGCCUUUUCUAACUGCAGCCUUCCCCAGGGCUGGAAAGUUAACAGCACACCAAGUGGGGAAUGGUUCACAUUUUAUUUAGUCAACCAAGGUGUGACCAUACCCUCCAAUUGCAAGAAAUGCCCACGGACGUACCGUUUGCUUGGGAACCUCCGCACCUUCAUUGGCAACAAUGUGUUUGGGAAUGCUUGUAUAUCUGUGCUUACUCCAGGAACUGUCAUCACAGAACAUUAUGGGCCAACUAAUAUUAGGAUAAGAUGCCAUCUGGGUCUAAGAAUCCCAGGCAACUGUGAGCUGGUGGUUGGUGGAGAACCCCAAUGCUGGGCAGAAGGACACUGCCUUCUAUUUGAUGAUUCCUUCCUGCAUACUGCUUUUCACGAAGGUUCAGCUGAGGAAGGCCCCAGAGUGAUCUUCAUGGUUGAUUUGUGGCAUCCUAAUGUGGCCGCAGCUGAGCGUCAAGCACUGGAUUCCAUAUUUGCUCCCGGACGCUGAGUCAACAAUGCCACUAUUGCAACUGAACAUCUAUGCUCAUGGAAAAUUGCCUCAAAGAAAAGCUUGUCUCUAACAAAAAAAAACAAAAACAUCCUGUGUAUAUGAGCUAUAUCUUAUGUUAUCUAUUUAACCAUUGGCUUCUCCAUAGGUUUUCUUUGAAGGAUUGGUGAUGAAAGAAAGCAGAAAGCAUCAACCAACUUUUACUCUAGCACGAAAGAGCACUGAAACUUUACUCCAUAGAGGAGAGCACUAAAUAUGGUGGCUAAAGACUCAAAGCACCAUAAUGAAUAAACAGCACAAACCAACCAUCAGCUUAAAGUUGUAUUUAAGAGAUAAUAUCCAGGUGAAACAGGCAGGGAUCUAGUGAAACAGAGGCAUUCAGGGAAUGGCUGGAAACACAACGCUCAAUUUUGUUCUUCCCUUACCGGGGUUUAUAAAGAAGUGUAUUAUCUCAUAUCGCAGCUAAUGCCAUGAUUUCCAUUUUCUACUAGAAUGCAGCAUUACUAUAGUAUGUGUCAUGUUGCUACUGUAUAUUUACAAAGCUCUGAAAUAAAUGGUUCGGAAGUGACAGAAAGGAAUGCGUUAUUGACAUGAACAACGGGAUGCCUUUUAUCAUGUUCAUGCAAAAGACAGGCCAGUCAUACAGGAUUAUAUGCUAGUUCACAAAGUCAUAUUGGGGUGAUUACACCAUGAUUUAUCAUGAGUCAUAUUGAUGAGGUUUUACCCAGAUCAAUCAUGGCUAGAAAAAAACCCAAGGUCUUUUCUUUAUGUGCAAGGACACUGAACUACAAUCAAAGUAGCCAUGUCUUUUGAAAGCAGUUAAUAAAGCUAAAAGUCACCCGAGGACUUUCUUCGCUGGUCCAGCUUUCUAAAGAGACUUCUUUUAUGAAUUGAAAUAUAGGAAUACUUCUUAAAUGGUCUUUAGAUUUACCUUAUGAUGCAUAAGAGCUCACCUUGUACUUGUGGGCUUUAGAAGGGCUUGGCUAAGAAUCAUUUUUAAGGAAUUUCGGAGAUCUGAUAUCUUUAUCUGACCAAAGUGUAUUUCUUUUUUUUUUUUUUCCUUUGAUUUAUUUUCUGUAAUAAAAGGAACAUUUCCAAUUUGUCUGUCCAGUGUUCCAGCUCCAGAUUUAAAGAAUCUCUGUUUUUGGUGGUUGUAAAGCAGCCAUUUUGUCUACGUGUGGAAACAAAGCCCUUUUGUUGUCUUGUACUUUCACAGUGCAACAGACUCCAUUUUGUUCAGUAAUAAAAGAAAAAAUGUGUCUACAAGA